CUCCCUUCGGGCUGCAAGAACGGAGACGCUGGAAAACGACUCCGAGGAGAGCGCUCCCGCCUACGGCGGCCGCCGCUCCUGCCACCCGCGGGCACAGGAGACCGAGGACUGCGGCCUCCGCGCCAGCCACCGCGCAUGUGCAGUCCGCAGCCCGCGCGGCUACCUCGGCGUCGGGUCCAGGGAGAGGGUCGGGGAAGUGCAGGGAUCCGGUCGCCACCACUCCAGAGAAAGAAAGCGCGAAGAAAGCUUCUUCGACUGCCGCUCUAGGAUCUUCUCGGGAAGGGUAGGUGACGAAGGCGGCUGUUCCCGCAGCGACUCGAGAAGAGUCUGUGAAAACCGAGGCCAGCACCGCAGCGUCUCUCCGGACAGAAUCGGGGGACGGGAUGGCCACCGACUGAGCAGCCCGUGGGUGGCCGUGAGGGGCGACAGCGACCAGCGCAGCAGCGACGCGAGCCCGGGUGAAGUGUGUGGAUCGCACCCCCGCGCCUCCAGGGGAGCUGUCAGCGAAGACGCCUGGGUGGGCGUCUCUGAAACCCGAGGGCCCCAAACCAGCCACUCCAGCGACCGAGGCAGUGACGACCGCGGCGGUUCCUGGGAAGGAGCCAGUAUCGAUGGCAGCCACUGCGCUGCUAGUUCUUGGGAAGAUGUAGAUGGUAGCCUUGACUACGAGGCCAGCGACUCCUCCAGGGCGAGCAUCACCGAAGAAUCCAGUCGCCGGCACGGUGGCUUCUGGGAGAGAGAGAGUGAAGAAGAUUCCCGCCUGAGGGACUCUUGGGAUAAAAGGGAAGAUCGUGGGCCCCGCGCCAGCGACGAGGAGUCCAGUUGCUGCAGCAGCAGAGACUCCUGUGAGGGAGAAAGUGAAGCCCGGUGCAGCAGCAGGGGCCUGGGUUCCACUCCUCCCCAGAGUCCAAGUCCGAGGGAGGACCAUACCAUGCCUGGUCCCUCCAAGUCCUCUAGGGAGUCUGCAGACUCAAGUUCCAGGAAGAAGGUGCAUUUUGGUAGCAUACAUGAUGUGGUGCGGGUUGGAGAUGUCAAGCAGCUUGCAGACUUAGUGGAACGUGGAGCCAACCUUAAUGAAGUAGAUGUUCUCCAUCAGUUUACUCCUUUACAUUGGGCAGCACAUUCUGGAAGUUUGGAGUGCCUUCACUGGCUACUCUGGCAUGGUGCUGAUACCACACAGGGAACUACAAGAGGAUGGACAGCAGCUCACAUAGCUGCAAUCCGGGGUCAGGAUGCCUGUAUGCAGGCUCUUGUAAUCAAUGGAGCCAACCUAGCAGCUCAAGAUGAUCGCGGAUGCACGCCGAUACACCUUGCUGCCAGUCAUGGACACUCUUUUACUUUACAAAUAAUGCUGCGAAGUGGAGUGGAUCCCAGUGUGACUGACAAGAGAGAAUGGAAACCAGUACAUUAUGCAGCUUUUCAUGGGCGGCUUGGCUGUUUGCAACUUCUUGUCAAAUGGGGAUGUUGCAUAGAAGACGUAGACUACAAUGGAAACCUUCCAGUUCAUUUAGCAGCCAUGGAAGGCCACCUUCAUUGUUUUAAAUACCUACUGAGUAGGAUGCAUACUGGAGCACAAGCUUUAAAAGCCUUCAAUGAUAAUGGAGAAAAUGUAUUGGACCUGGCCCAGCGAUUCUUGAAGCAGAACAUUAUACGGUUUAUUCAGGGGGCUGAAUAUGAAGGAAGCAAUCCAGAAGAUCAAGACAAUUUAGCGUUUCCGGGUCAUGUGGCUGCCUUUAAGGGUGAUCUAGAGGUGCUUAAGAAACUUAUAGGAGAUGGAGUAAUCAAUUUGAAUGAGCGUGAUGAUACCGGAUCAACUCCUAUGCAUAAAGCUGCUGGACAGGGCCACGUAGAGUGUUUGCAGUGGUUAAUUAAAAUGGGAGCCGACAGUAAUAUUACCAACAAAGCAGGAGAGAGACCCAGCGAUGUGGCUAAAAGAUUUGCUCAUUUGGCAGCAGUGAAACUGUUAGAGGGGCUACAGAAAUAUGAUAUAGAUGAUACUGAAUUUGAUAAAAAUCAUAUAAAGUUUUUUAUAAGGCAUGGUGUUGAGGGAAGCACUGAUGCCAAGGAUGACUUAUGUCUGAGUGAAUCAGACAAAGCAAAUGCCAGAAUGAGAGCUCAUAAGAAAAUUGUAGAAUUGAGAAAGCUUCUGGAAAUUGCUGUGAACAACUUCAAACAGUUAGGUGGGAUAAUAGAAGAGGAUCUAAACCAGCAGAAAGAACAACUGGAGUCUGAGAAGACCAUCAAAGACCUGCAGGGCCAGCUGGCCUAUGAGCGACUCCGCAGGGAAAAGUUAGAGUGUCAAAUGGAUGAAUAUCGAGCAGAAGUGGAUCAACUCAAGGAAACACUGGAGAAAAUUCAGGUCCCCAGUGUUGUGGCUAUGGAAGAUGACUCUUUUGAGUCCAGCAAAGAGAAGCAGCCAGUGAAAAAAAAAGUGUCUCCUGGGGGCUUGCUUUUCAGAAGGUACUAAUCAGCGCAGUAAGGUUAAAUAAACACCUAAAUUUUCUUUCACUUCAGAUCGACGGAAAUUCUUCUGUUCUGAAGGUGAAAAUAUUAUAUUAAAGAUGCUUGUAAAAUUCCAUGGACUCAGGAUACUUUUUAUAUAAAUAUAUGCAAGCCAACAUUUAUGAGUAAUAAUUUUGUAAGCAUUCACAAAAGCUGUGAAAUAAAAGAUGGUAUAAUUUAAU